AAACAUGACCGAAGAAGGGUUGUCAAAUUCUGAUUUGGAAUUAAAAUUAGAUCAAAGCAAUGACCUAAUACAACUUCAAACUAAUUUUAACGAACUUCAAAUUAAAUUUAAUGAAGAGAGGGAAAAGAAUUUUAAUUUUGAAAAGAAAAUUACUUUUCUUGAGAAUGAUUUAAAAGAAAUGAAAGAGGUUUGGUUGAUUAGAUAA